AUGGGCAGCGCGGGGCCGAGGACGGUGCUGGUCACGGGCUGCUCCUCGGGCAUCGGGCUCCGCCUGGCCGUGCAGCUGGCACAGGACCCCGGCCAGCGCUACCAGGUCGUCGCCACCAUGCGGGACCUGCAGAAGAGGGAGAAGCUGGAGCAGGCAGCGGGCGCGGCCCUGGGCAGGACCCUCAGCAUCCGGCGCUUGGACGUCUGCAGCGACGCCUCGGUGGCCGAGUGCCUGGGCGGCCUCCCCGAGCGCCGGGUCGACGUGCUGGUGAACAACGCGGGCGUGGGGCACAUCGGGCCCAUCGAGAGCAUCAGCAUCGCGGAGAUGAAACGCGUCUUCGAGACCAACUUCUUUGGGGCCGUGCGCAUGGUGCAGGCCGUGCUGCCCGACAUGAAGCGGCGCCAGAGCGGCCACAUCGUGGUGAUGAGCAGCGUGAUGGGGCUGCAGGGUAUUGUGUUUAACGACGUCUACGCGGCCUCCAAGUUCGCCAUGGAGGGUUUCUGCGAGAGCCUGGCCGUGCAGCUGCUCCAGUUCCACGUCUUCGUGUCCCUGGUGGAGCCGGGCCCGGUGAACACGGACUUCGAGCUGAAGCUGAUGGAGGACGUGUCCCGCUCCGAGUUCCCCGGCACCGACCCGGCCACGCUGCGCUACUUCCAGGAGGUGUAUCUGCCGGCCUCCCGCGAGAUCUUCUCCACCAUGGGCCAGAGUCCCGAGGCCGUGGCCAAGGCCGUGGUGCAGGUGAUCGGCGCGGGUCGCCCCCCCUUCCGCACACUGACCAACCCGCUGUACACGCCGCUGACGGCACUGAAGUACGCCGACCCCUCGGGGGAGAUGUCCGUGCGCACCUACCACAACCUGCUCUUCAACUACGGCGCGCUCUUCCACCUCAGCAUGCGGGCCCUGCGCUGCCUGACCUGCCAGUGCUUCCGCCGCAGGGUCGCCCCGGCCUGAGCCCGCCUCCCAAACCAGCCAGGACCCCGUGCAGCGCCAGGGUGGAGA